AUGAUAGCAUUUUGUGUUAACAAACAAGGCUCUGAGUGUUCCACUAUUAAAUACCUGAAUGGAAGAAAAGUGAUGGUACACAGAGACCUCUCCGAUUUGUUUCAAUUUCAACUCGAUAGGUACAAUGAAAUUCAUCAGGAAACAAUUAUACCAAUAGUGACACUUGUAACCUCAAUCUAUGUUGAUGCCUUCUUUGGUCAUCCAGCACUUAAUUUUGACAGUUUUGUUGUUCCUUUAAGUACACUCCAAGAUGUUCUUCUUCGAAUGCCCUCUUUGGAGAAUAGUGAAAGACUACUUUUGUGGAGUGACCUUAAUUUCAUUGAUGAAAUGAGCAUGCCUAUUCAAGUGGGCACUCUCAAUGAAACUAGCAAGUUUGCACUAAUUGAAGACACAAUUUCUACUGAGUAUUUUGGGCCUCUUCUUGAAAAAUCAAAAAGAAAAACCACAAUUGGAUAUAGAACCUUCAAUGAGUUGAUACUUUCCAAUAGAUUUGGACUUGGAAAAUUAGAUUUACUGAAACAAACAUUUAUCAAAAGAUUAUUCAAUGGUUGUGAUUUGAAAAUUGAGGAAGUGGAAACGAGCAAUUUCACAAUUAUCAAACAAUUUGAAUCUGUGAAGAAUCUCAGUAUGAACAAUUUAAUUGACUUGAAUGUAUUGUAUUGCUUUGAAAAGUCAACUCUUUCAUUCUAUUCAUGCAAUGACGGUGUACCAGGUACAGUGAUUGCCUAUGAAAUUGAGAAACUUCUCCAGAUUACAUUUGGAUGUCUUCAGCUGUUACUAUUGGCAGCAACAUUUAACACCAAGUCAAUCAAGCGCAGACUUUUAGUACCUUAUUUGAUUCCUCUUUGUUUGAUUGUGGCUAGUAUAUUCUUCUCGAUUUUCAUGCAACAAGUUUCCAAUACAUUGAGGUCUAUAGUAACCAUUGGAAUUACUGCUUUUGUAAUUGGGAUUUAUGGUUCCACUCUUGUUAGAUUCUACUAUUUAAGGUAUUUGUAUCGAUUUCUUAGCAAUUCAACUGAUAAGCAAGUGAAAAUUCACAGAAUUUUGAGUUCUGAAUGGUUUGGGGUUUUGGCAACAUUAGUAUGCGCCAUUCUUCAUGUACUCUUUUGGUUGGCAAUCCUCAUACCCUAUGCAGUUGUUAAUGUCUACGAAAGCAAUGUAUUAUUUGGAGUGAAUGUCAUUUACCUACUGCAAGGAAUCAUUGGAUGCAUUUUGGGUAUUGUUUUCAUGAGUAUUGAUAUUUUUAACAAUCGAAAACUAAUUAAGGAAAAGGGACUAUUACACUUUUUCACAUUUGAAGAUCCUUACUUCUUGAGAUUGGACAUCAUUAGUUUUUUCAUUAUCCUUACAAGCCUAAUUUUGAUUAUAAUUUUCAACUUGAUAGGUCAGGAAUGGGCAGAUUAUUGUUUGGGCAUAUGUUCAUUCAUAUCUUUUAUUUUCAUUUACUGUCUUGGAGGAAUGACAGCCAUCCUGAUUGAAUGCUGGAAAUUCCUCAAAAGAAAGAGGCGGCCAAUAGAAUCUACCUCUCAAAAAAUUCAAACAGAUAUUGAACUACAUUUAAAGGAUCAACACUUUGUUGAACUAUUUAAAAGUUUCUGUGAAAAGGAAUUUUCACUGGAGAACUUUCUCCUUUACGAACACAUUUCUCAACUAAGGACGAGUACUCUCUCUUCUUCAGAUAAUAGAAGCACCAAUUCCAUGAACUCAUCCUCACUAGAUCGUUACAUCUCAGCGGAGCAAUUCUAUCAGUUGUGGACUUUAUUCUUCAAGCCAUUAGCCAAGUAUGAAGUUAAUCUUCCAGGAAAAGUCAAGAAACAAAUCGAAAUAAUUUACCACUCAAGAGAUGGAACCCCACUAGAAACAUUUGAGAAUAUCGUCCUGACCGAAUUGUUAUUCAAUCUCAAAGAUACCUAUAGUCGACUUGUAGAGACGAGUGAAUUUUCGAGAUGGCAAUUGGUAAAUACCAUUCAAACUCAACAGAAUAUCAAAUAA